AUGGCCGUGGCACUCUCCAUCAGCAACGCGACUCCGCGAAAACUUCCAGGCCCGCAGCUCCUCCACCAUCUUGUUCCACGCCACAGCAAGAACCAUGUGCCCGCCAUCGACCAUACCACGGAGCACGGAUCUUCCGUCACACUCACCUAUGCCGAACUUCACGACAAAGCCGAUUCUCUCUCCCACUGGAUCCGAUCCACCAUUCAGCAUUCGACGGCCAAGAGAAAUCGAUUGAUUGUCCCGACAUUGAUCCCCCAAGGACCCCAUCUCUACGUUUCGCACUUGGCCAUUCUAAAGGCGGGAGGAGCGUUUUGUCCCAUCGUGUUAGACGCGCCAGAAGAGCGCCUUCGAUUCAUCCUGAACGAUGUCCAUGCCUGUAUCCUGCUCACCACCGCCGCUUCGAGGCAUCGCUUGCCUGACAUUCCAGGCAUCGAAAUCCUCUCCGUUGAUGAACUUCCUCGACACCAUCCGCCCAACAAUAUAGAUCACCCCGUCUUGCCAGAAGACCCGGCCUACAUCAUGUAUACAAGUGGCAGCACCGGCCAGCCCAAGGGAGUGCUUCUGUCGCAUUCAGCAGCCACCCAGGCAUUGCUUGCUCACCGUCCUCACAUCCCACCUUUUCGACGAUUCCUUCAGUUUGCUAGCCCGACAUUCGAUGUAUCCGUCUUCGAGAUCUUCUUUCCGUGGUCACGAGAAGCCACUCUCGUGAGCUGUGAUCGCCGGAGCAUGCUGAAUGACUUGACGGCCGUCAUCAACCGUCUCCGAGUGGACGCCUGCGAGCUCACGCCGUCAGUAGCGAGCAGCUUAUUACAAGGUCGGAAAAGUGUCCCAUCACUCAAAGUGCUGCUUACGAUUGGAGAGAUGCUCAAACCCUCCGUCGUCGAAGAAUUUGGUGGAGACAGUGCUCAGCACGCUGUAUUACACGGCAUGUAUGGUCCCACAGAGGCCACCAUCCACUGCACCUUGCACACCAACUUUCCCAAAUCUCUGCCUUGUGCUUCGAUCGGCCUUCCGCUCGACACAGUCUCUGCGUUCAUUGUAAGGCCAGUCCAAGGCCGGGAAAGUAAACAGAUUCCCAUUCCAGAGAUCUUGCCGCUGGGCGAAGAGGGCGAACUCGCACUCGGUGGCCAUCAGCUAGCAGACGGUUACCUCAACCGUGAUGACCAGACGAAAGCAGCAUUUGUGCGACACCCUCAGCACGGCAUUCUAUAUCGGACGGGAGAUCGUGCUCGCAUGCUACCCAAUGGAACUUUUGAAUGCCUGGGACGCAUAUCUACUGGACAGGUGAAACUCCGUGGGCAAAGAAUUGAGCUUGGAGAGAUCGAGCAUGCUGUUUUCAAGACACCCGGCUGCCGAGAUGUGGUAGCGGAGGUCAUUGGUGGUAUUCUGGUGGCUUUCUGCGUCAGUGUCAAUGCAUCUCUCACACCAAGCGACGUCUUCCAGACAUGCCGAGAAUGGCUUCCCGCAUUCAUGAUCCCUGGCGACGUCGUCAUUUUGAACUCCUUGCCGUAUCUGGCCUCAGGGAAAUGCGACCGAAAAGCGCUCCGUGCGCGUUAUGAAGAGCAACAGAAUUCAACUGCAUCAAGCGCAUCAAUAGACAUUCCUCAUGUCGAUCGCGUCUUGGCAUCGAUCAAAGCUGUCCUCAGAGUCAACGCUCAGCCAAAGUCCUCGCUCCCAGCACUUGGUCUGGACUCAAUUUCAUCGAUACGCAUAGCUUCGGAGCUGAAGAGACACGGUCUGCCCCAACUGGAUGCAGGACGCUUACUGGCUGCAAGAACACCUCUUGAUAUAUGCUCCCUGAUACAAGACAUAGAUGGUGUCGGGUCCGACACCUCUGGUAUGCAGGAAAUUGAGCGCUCCUACAAACCCGCCCUGCAAAAGCAACUGCGAGAGGUCUUGUCGCCAGCCGACUGUUCCGCCGUGGCUGAUAUGUUUCCAUGCACCAGGACCCAGACAGCCAUGCUCGCAGAAACAUCGAAGAAUAGUCAAGCCUAUUGCAACUGGGUCGAAUUUCUGUUACCCGAUCGGCAAGAUUGUACCGCGCUUCGGCAUGCUCUUCACACGCUCUCUGCGGUACAUCCUCUCCUGCGAUCUGGUUUUGUGGCGGUUUCUGGCUCCCCGUGGUCCUAUAUCAAUGUGGUAUGGAGUUCCCUUGCCGCUGCUCAAAUCCAAGAGGUGUCCAACUUCGACUACAACUUUCGAAUGGAGAGCGAUGCAGAUCUGCUUCGACCUAUACGGUAUCAACUGACACGUGAUACAAGAGGAUGCCGACUCUUGCUCCUGGCGCAUCACGCUUUGUAUGAUCAGUGGGCCAUCGAUAUUUUCAGGAAAGAUCUUGCCGCAACACUUCACGGCCGAACGGAUAUCAAAUCGACGCCAUUCAAAGCUGUCUCUGACUAUUACCUUGCCUCUGAGAAGCUGGCCACUGGAUCCUCUGCUUUGGACUUCUGGCAAGAGCACCUCCGUGACGUUGCCGCGACCACAUUACCGAUCCUGCGAGGACAACACGAGGAGCAUGGUCUCAAGCGGACAUCAUGGCGCCAGACAACAGCACGAACAUCGGACAUGAGGAGGAAAGCACUUGACCUAAACUGCAGCACACCAGCAAUAUUUCAAGCAGCACUCGCACUGGUGCUUGGGGCUUAUACGGGAAUGACUGAUGUGACCUUCGGUACGGUGCUCUCCGGCCGCACAAUUCCCGUGCAGGGAAUAGACACUGUUUUUGGGCCAUGCCUCGCAACGUUGCCUUCUCGCAUCGACCUCAGCAGCACACGCACCAAUGCCGAUCUUCUGAGCGUAAUGACGAGCCGUAGUCGGGCCAUGCAAGACAACAUUCUCGUCCCCACAACGGCGAUCAGACAAGCUGCCGGCAUUGCACCCGGUACAACACUAUUUGACACGCUCUUCGUUUGGCAGGAAUCUACCAUGGAUCUCCAAGAAGUCGCGAACACUGUGACUCUGACCGACUCUCAGGACAGAUUGGAGUUCAAACUAGUCCUGGAGUUUGAGCCUACGUCUACCCAUGUCAGAGUGCGAGCCACCUAUGACGGGAGCCUCAUAGAUGCCCAGCAGGCUGAUGUGUUUGUCGACCUGGUUGCACAUGUGGCACUUGCACUGGUGGACAAUCCGGCAUGCGCCGUUGCGAGUACCAACACGCUCUUACCCACGAAAUUACUGUCAAUUUCGAACCCGGACCCGACCCGGUAUGCCAAUACUUAUGAGCUCACCACCGUCAUAGACCAGAGAGCCGAGGAGCAUCCAGAAGCCACGGCUAUUUUGUUUGCAACAGACCUGGAAGCGUCACCACUGGUGGCCGAUUCCGUCUCAUACGCAGAACUUGUCGCGAGAGCUAACCGCAUGGCGCGUUGUUUCAAGUCCGCAGGCCUCCAGCCUCAAGGUCUCGCAGUCAUUUGCAUGGAGAAAUGCAUCGACCUGUACGUAGCUAUGCUUGCAAGCUUCAAGUGUGGCGCAGGAUACCUGCCUCUCGUCCCCGACACGCCGACUGCGCGCAUCAAGUCAAUCCUCGCCCAAGGAAAUGUCGACCUCUGUGUCUGCGAUGCCGAGACCGCUUCAAGCUUUCGAGACCUCGCUAGUGUUCGAAUCGUCGAUCUCUCGAUGGCCAAACUACCACAUGAGGCGUCCUCAUUUCAGGUAGAGCAGGCUGGAUCGAGGAUAUCCUACGCAGUCUUCACCUCGGGUAGCACUGGGCAGCCGAAAGGAGUCGCUGUGACCAUGGACAACCUCAAAGGUAAUCUGGCUGUUUUGAGCGAGCUCUACGAAGUCUCUCCUGGGGAUCGACUUCUUCAGUCUUGUUCGCAAGCGUUCGAUGUAAGCGUUUUCGAGAUAUUCUUCGCAUUUUACAGUGGCAUGUGCUUGUGCUCCGCCACAAAAGAGGUCAUGUUUCGGGACUUUGAACGAAGCAUACGCGGGUUCCAGGCGACACAUCUUUCCCUAACCCCUACCGUUGCCGCUUUGGCGAAUCCAAGCAAUGUUCCAAGCGUCAAAUUCCUGGUCACUGCUGGCGAAGGUAUCACAGAGAAAGUGCACAAGACUUGGGCGGGUCAUGGUUUACAUCAAGGCUAUGGUCCCUCCGAGACAACCAACAUUUGUUCCAUCAAAAUGGAUGUAUCACCAAAGGAUGUGCUUGGCAACAUUGGACCUCCGCUCCGGAACACUUCGGCAUUUGUCAUCGCGCCAGAAGAUGACUUCCGCAUCUUGCCUGCGGGAGCCUAUGGAGAAUUCGCCUUCGGCGGUGAGCAGGUGUUUCGCGGCUAUGUGGCACGUGAUGAUCUCAAUGCACAGAAGAUCGUUCCGCAUCCUACAUACGGAAGAAUCUAUCGAAGCGGUGACAUGGGCCGGAUCCUCUCCGAUGGUACGCUCCUUAUCUCCGGCAGGCGGGAUGAUCAGGUCAAGAUCAGAGGCAACAGAGUGGAGCUGGGCGAGAUCAACGCACUCCUCUCCAACCACCAUGCGGUAGCAGACUGCACCACGCUCCUUCUCGGAGACAAGAGCUCGACACAAAUGCUCGCGACCUUUUGGGUGCCCACUCUCGCCCAAUCAUCAGAUCCUUCCGAGCGCUGUGCCCUUGCAAGUUCCGCGAACGAGCAAACGUCAACUCUCUUUGCGCUUCUCGAAUCGUCACUUCCUGCGUACAUGAUCCCAAGCAUUCUUGUGCCAUUGACCAGACUUCCCGUGACUGCACAAGGCAAGCUCGACAAGCGAAAGCUACGAGAAAUUUCUGAACAGCUUGAUCCGGGCAUCAAGAACACACUCUCCCGUUCGCAAGACGAGCCUGAUGGCGAUCCUCCAUCAACCUCGACAGAGCGCACUUUGGCGACGGUCUUGGCGAACUUGCUUGACAUUGAGAUCUCGAGCAUUUCGAGAAGCAUCUCAUUCUUCUCUUUAGGACUCAAUUCGCUGAACGCGAUUCAAUAUGCCAAGGGGAUCGAGAAGGAGCUUCGCACACGUCUCAGCGUCAGCAGCAUCUUACGCCACCCCAGCGUCGCGCGCUUGGCUCGGCUGUUGUCGGGGGGUACCGAAGAGAAAUCUUCUGUGACGCCGAUCAACGUGCGAGAAGUCUUUGAUGAAGGUUUUGUCGGGGAGAUCAGAAAGUCCUACGCCGAGAAAGACCUAAUGGUGGAAGCCGUUCUUCCCUGCACACCUUUACAGGAAACCAUGCUAUCUGUUGGGCUUGCCCAGGACUCAGGCGCAUACUGCAAUACCACCCGGAUCAAUGUAGGAGGCAACAUGGAGCUCGUCGAGAAGUGCUGGCGCAUGCUCACAAGCAGACACACAAUCCUGAGAACGUCUUUCGUCGAGACAGCUGCUGCGGAGCACCCUUUUGCACAAGUUGUGCUUCAGAACUCGCCUAUCUCUUGGAAUUCGACAAGACCCGCGGUCACCAAAAGUCUGGCAAACGGAUAUGCAAAUGGCUCAGCCAAUGGUCAUGUCAAAGGCCACAACACCCUCGCCCCCAGUCCGAGGAAGGUGUCCGCACAGAAUCCGAUAAGCAUAGAUGAGGAUGGCACAGUGUUGUAUAUACAGAUGCAUCACGCCCUGUACGAUGGCAUUUCGAUGGCAAAUGUCCUUGAUGAAAUGCGCGGCCUUUACCAUGGCCAUCAACUACCAUCUCCGAUCUCAUUUGAACCAUUCCUCGAGCAGGUCAUGGCACAGAACAGCAAAGAUGCAAUCGACUUCUGGUCGUCUCGCAUCUCGGGGUUUGCGGCACAUCCAUUCCCAACCGUUUCCAAUCAGGGCGUGCAGCGGGAACAGAUCUAUGAACAUACCUUGGCACUCUCUCCUCGGGAAUUGGACAUAUUCAGCGAGCGACAUGCUUGUACCAGCCUCGCGAUCAUGCAGGCGGCAUGGACCAAGGCCCUCGCGUGCGCUCAAGCCGUGUCUGAUAUAUGCUUUGGCAACGUUGUCAGUGGCCGCUCCGUGCCAGUGCAAGGCGUAGAUCGACUGGUGGCACCGUGCUUCAAUACGGUGCCUCUGCGGCUCAGAUUGGACAUGUAUCGAACCAAUCUCGAUCUCAUUCGCGGCUUGCAUGACCUGAAUCUCCAGUGCUUGCCUUUCCAGCUGACAGCUUCUCGGCGGAUUCAAGCUCUCUCGGCCACACCAUCGACACCGCUUUUCGAUUCUCUUCUUUUAGUUCAGCCACCGCACAACGACGACCAACCCUGGGACAUAGAAGAAGAUGAUAUGGACAUGGGCAUUCCACUAGUCAUGGAAGCGACUCCUUACAGCGAUCGAUUCGAACUUCAAGUGCAUUAUCUGCCAGCAAAGGUGCCAAAUGAGCUGGUGCCUGUGAUUACAAACGCUUUCGCUGCCAGCUUGGUGGCAUGCAUGAGGUAUCCAUCAAGCUCGAUGGAUUAUCUUGGAGAGUUCGACGUGUCUGAACUCGCGGCAAAACUCGCGGCAGCCGACCCAAACGGUGUCGAGCAUGAGGCUGGCGUUCCGCAAGACGGCGGCGAUGUGCCCUGGACAGAUGAAGAACGACUGAUCCGAGAAGCUUUCGCCGGACUCGCAGGACUGGCACUUUCGCUCAUCACGAAACACACAUCGCUCUAUCAAAUCGGACUGGAUAGCUUGAAUGCAGUUCAGAUUGCCUCAAGGCUCCGGAAAGUCGGCCUGAGAGUUGAUGCGGCUGAUGUGAUGCAAUAUGCGACGCCUUCCGCCCUGGCCAGCUACCUGUCUACGAGCAAAAUACCGUCGCAAGAGCUCACAAGUCGUGUGGAUCUCGCGGAAUUUGAGGCCCGACACAAGGAUGACCUUGUGCAAUCUUUGAGUCUUGAAAAAGAGCAACUGGAAGCCAUACGCCCUUGCACACCAGUACAGAGCGGUAUGCUGGCGCAAUUCAUUCAAUCUCAGGGCUCACACUAUUUCAACCACAGCACCUUCGAAGUGCCCGACGGAGUGCACGCAGGACAGAUCAAAGCUGCUUGGGGUGAAGUGCAGAAACGUCACCAGGUGCUCCGCAUGGGAUUUGCGCAGCUCGACAACGCGGAGCAACCAUUCGCGAUGCUCAUCUAUCGUCCUGGAUCUCACCUGGAAACCAUACUUCUGAACUCGGAAGAAAUUUCGACUGCAGACCUGGAAAGGGUUACGAGUGAACAAGUCCUUCAAUCUCUGCAUGUGCCUGCCUGGCGCCUGUCCCUUUCAGAUUCUGCAGAUGGCCGUCAAAUGCGCGUCUCGCUACAUCACGCUCUCUAUGAUGCUGCUUCACUGAGCAUCCUCUUUUCUGACUUCGCCAAAGCUUUGAAUGGGGAUGAAUUGGGGCCUUCUCUAGACCUCGAUCCUGUGUUGAAGGCGCAAUUCGAAGGUUCAAUACAAGUCAAGGCGCAAAGCGAAGACUUCUGGAGGACUGCGCUUCAGUCUUCGCAUCUCGUCAAGUUCCCGAACCUCACGUCCACCAUCGUGGAGCAAUCUCGUGCUAGCUCUUCAGAGAAGGAUCUCAAUCUGAAUGCUGAAGAGCUCGAGGACUUCUGCCGGACAGAAGGCGUCACGAUCCAAGCUCUGGGGCCGAGUGUAUGGGCGCUCGUGCUUGCUGCCUGUUUCGGGGAGGCGGGCGUCGCCUUGGGGACCGUGUUCGCAGGAGCAUCCGCAAGCUCUUCCAGGCCGAUCGCCUUUCCGUCAAUCUCAACAUUGCCAGUCUUCUGCGAUACUGACAAAGAGCCCAUUGCAGUUGUCAAAGACAUGGUCUCAUACAAUGCCUCGGCGCAGCGGUACCGCUUCUCGUCCCUGUCUGACAUUCAACGUUUCGCGGGCUCUGCCGGCCAUGCACUUUUUGACACAAUCUUUAUCUAUCAAAAAGUGCCCGACUCAAACGCCACCAUGUUCAAGUGGAAACCCAUCGGCAAUGAUCUUGGCAUCGAUUACGUGGUCUCGCUUGAACUUGAGCACGCGGAAAGUGGCAAGCUUCGACUUCGAAUCACCCAUGAGACAAGCACUGUACCGGAGCCUCAUGCAUUGUUGAUUCUGCAACAGUACGAUGUUCUCCUUCAACGUAUCAUCUCAAGAAACGAAAACUUGGGCGGAGGGAAUUCAGCGGCUCUGAUGUCUGCUGUGUUUGCCAAACAACCAACAAUUCCAUGUGAGGUGGAUCUUCUUCAUGAGUUCGUCGAGCGAGGCGCCAAAGAGCAUCCUGAUAAAGUUGCUCUCGAGUUUAUCUAUGAUCUCAGCGGCUCUCGCAAGUCAAGAAAGACAUGGACCUAUCGUGAUCUGGACAGUCGCAGCAAUCAGAUCGCUCAUUUGAUCUGCCAACGCGGAAUCAGACCUGAUAGUACUAUCACUGUGUGUAUGACCAAGUGCCCCGAAGCUACAUUCGCAUUCGUGGGUAUCUUGAAAGCGGGAUGCGCAUUCUUGGCUAUGGACCCGGACCUACCUCGUGCCAGGAGACAAUUUAUUGUGGAGGACUCGAGAUCUCAGCUUCUUUUUGUGAACCAUGGUCAGAUCAGCAAAGACAUGGAGCGCGCCGUUCCUGUCGUGGAGCUGAGUGAAGACAUGCUGAUGAGCUACCCUGCAACUUCCCCUGACGUUGCGCCGAUACAUGCGCAAGCUACCAGCUACUGUCUCUACACGAGUGGUACAACCGGGAACCCAAAAGGUUGCGAAUUGUCCCAUGAGAAUGCCGUGCAAGCAAUGAUGGCGUUCCAACGCUUGUUUGCCGAUCACUGGACUGACUCUUCACGAUGGCUGCAAUUUGCCAGCUAUUGGUUCGAUGUUUCCGUUCUAGAGCAGUUCUGGAGUUGGAGUGUUGGGAUCACUGUCGUUGGCGCACCGCGAGAUGUGGUCCUGGAAGAUCUACCAGCAUUCAUCCGAGCUGCAAAUAUCACCCAUAUCGACCUUACCCCGUCUCUGGCACGUCUUCUGAAGCCGGAUGACGUACCCAGCCUUCACGGCCACGUCUUCAUUACGGGAGGCGAGGCUUUGAAGCAAGAGAUCAUUGAUUCCUGGGGCCCGUUACACACGAUUUAUAACGGAUACGGCCCUACAGAAGCCACCAUUGGUGUGACCAUGAACCCGCAUAUUGGGCCAGAUGCGAAGCCUUCCAACAUCGGACCACCGUUCGAUAAUGUGGGUGCUUAUGUGUUCAAACCCGGGACCGAUGAGCUUGUUAUGCGUGGAGCGGUGGGCGAGCUGUGUGUCUCCGGAAAGCUGGUCGGUAAAGGUUACUUGAACAGACCCGACCUCACCGCUAAGGCGUUCCCAUUUCUUGAAAAGUAUGGAGAGAAGGUGUACAGGACUGGAGAUCUGGUAAGAUUGCUGGCCAAUGGUUCAGUCUGCUUCAUUGGCCGUCAAGAUACUCAGGCGAAACUUCGCGGCCAAAGAUUGGAGAUUGACGAGAUUGACGCCGUCAUCAAACAGUCCACGGCCGACAUUGCUGAUGUCGCAUCGCUUGUGGUCAAGUCACAGGAGGGUUCUCGCGCAAUGCUCGUCUCUUUCUUGGUGGUGUCGGACGCACGGAGCCGGGACCUUAAUAUCGUCGAUCUACAGCUCUCUAGAGAACUGGUGGGCAUAGCAGACCGAGCAUGUCGAGACCGCCUUCCCGGAUAUAUGGUGCCAACUCAUAUGAUUCCAGUCACUCGGAUACCGCUGACGGUAAACAACAAAGUGGACACCAAGCGUCUGAUCUCACUCUUCUCCUCACUCUCGACCAAAGACCUUCAAACGCUGAAGGGCAACACUUCUGUAGAUCGGAAGCUGCGGCCGGCCGAACGAAAAAUUGCAAGAAUUCUGGCUCAGCUUCUUUCGAUCGAUACCGACGAUGUCUUGCCUGCCUCGAACAUAUACUCUCUGGGACUAUCCUCAGUAUCCGCGAUCAAUUUCACAUCUAUGCUGAAGCGAGCUGGCUUUAGGAAUGCGAGCAUCGCUACUGUGAUGAACAAUCAAAACGUCGACCGCCUUGCUACUGCAUUGACAGAAGACACAGAUGCAAGUCGGGAGGAGCGUAGUGCUGUUAUGCAAGCACAGUUGUCCAUUUCGGCGUUCGCUCAACGACAUCGUAGCACUGCAGCAAAGGCAAUGAACAUCAACGUUGCCGACAUUGAGUCCUUGGCGCCAUGCACUCCACUACAAGAAGGUCUUUUGAUCGAAUCUCUGAAAAGCACGCAGAGACCAUAUUUCAACCAUUUUCUCUACGAGCUUCCGCGAAUCCAGAUCCAGAAGCUCGAAAAGGCAAUAAAACGUGCCCACCAGUUUCUGCCCAUCCUUCGAACCUCAUUUGUGAACACCGAGGACGGGUUCGGUCAGGUCGUCCUACGCAAACGUCGCUGUCCGUUGGAGGUGGUCGCGAUUGGGAACGAUGAUAUACACCUCUACCUCAGCAAGCGACGUAAUGAGUGGUCGGGUCAAGCUUUCCAAGACGUGCGCGAGCCACUUCAGAUACUCAUCGUCCAAAAUCAACAGGGCAGCUUCCUGUCAUUUUUCAUUCAUCAUGCUCUGUAUGAUGGCAUAUCUUGGGAUCUCGUCAUGGAUCGACUCGCAGAUAUCUAUACAGAAGCCUCCGAAGUGGACGGUGGUCCGAACUUCCACGAAGCAAUCGCGUAUGGACCACUGUGCCGCCGCAAAGACGCCAAGCCAUUUUGGCAGAUGCGAAUGCAAGACUUCCACUAUUCGCCGCUACCGACUCUCUGCGAUCAACCGCUGGAGCAAGACAUACACGUGCGCAAGGCUUUGCCCUUUCUCGAGGAGCUCGAGACUGUGCGGCGAGAUAUUGGCGUUUCUCAUCAAGCAAUGCUUCAAGCGGCGUUCACUAUCGCUCUCCACCAGACAGCACCUCACACCCAGAGCUAUGGAGUUGUCCUUUCGGGACGAUCUAUCCCCCUAGAGAAGGCAGAACUGAUCAUUGGGCCUAUGUUCAAUACCAUCCCCUUUGCCGUUGAGCUCCAAAGUACAGACACAUGGCGCCAGUACAUACAGCGAUGCCACCACGCCAACUCGAUCUGCCUGCCAUUCCAGCAUACACCCUUGCGGGAAAUUAGAAAGCAUUGCGGGAGGAAUCCGGCGGACCCAAUGUUCGACGUGCUCUUCGUCUUCCAGCGCCCGGAGUCAUCUACAUCUGCUGCGCAUGAGCUCUUCCAAGCCUUGGAUACAGAAAUCGCAGCAGAAUAUCCACUGGCUUUCGAGGUCGAGCUCGAUACUUCCGGAGGACUAUUGGUCACUGUAGUAGCUCGAAGUGGCUUUGCCACCGAAUCAACCCUGCUGUCCUUGGUUGAGACAUUUGAGAAAGCGCUCACAGUGCUAUCAGCUGAUGCUGAUCAACCAAUUGACGACAAAUUCAAGGUUGCCAAGAAUAGCGUCUCUAGUACACCCACUCAAGGGCAAGACAUGACCAUGCUUGACGGGGUUAUAGACUUUGAGUGGACACCAGACGCUCUCAAACUCCGUGAGAUAAUUGCGCACAUCGUCGGCUGCGACGAAGAGUCGAUCGAUGAACACAUUGCCAUAUACACGCUAGGUCUUGACAGCAUUGACGCGGUCAAGCUUGCGUCGCGCAUGAAACGAGCCGGGCUGUCAGUGCCCGUCAGCAAAUUACUCCAAGCUCAAACCAUUCCGCGGAUACUGGGUGUUCUGGAGACGAGGGACGCUGCAUCUUCUUCCAAAUCCCGGAGCAAGUUGAAGGUACUGGAAGAGCAGCUCCGAGGGAUAUGGCCACACAAGCCUGAAGCAAUUGAACAAAUCAUACCUGCGGCACCGGGCCAAGAAGCCCUCAUAGCAGACAUGGUUCGCUCCGAAUUUCGCGAUUACUACAACUCGGACAUCUUGAAGUUGCGGAGCGAUGUGGACUUGACGAAGCUCAAAGAUGCGUGGCAAACGGUCGUCGACGCCUCGCCUAUUCUGCGGACAUCAUUUCUUGAGAUUGAAGAUCCGAGAGUUGAUGCCACCUAUGCUCAGAUGAUACAUCAGCCCGCACGCAUACAGUUUGACGCCUUCGAAGCGGCCAGCGUGAACGAUCUCAACACUUACUUGGAACGCGUCCGAUCAGACGUUCAGAAAACAUUCAUGUCAACAUCCCCUCUGCGUUUAGCGAUUGCGACAGUCUCAGAGGAUCACUACCUAAUAUUAUCGCUGGCCCAUGCGCAAUAUGACGGUGACAGUCUGGCACUACUGCAUGAAGAUCUCCGAAAAGCCUAUGAAGGAUCGUUGAAGACCCGUCCUUCCUACGAAGAAGUACUGGAACUGGCACUUGACUCGACGAGCGAUGAAUCCAGCGCUUUCUGGCGUAAUGCUUUGGCAGGUACGAAGCUGACCGCCUUCACCAAUGCCGGGGACAAUUCCCAUUCGGCCACAUAUCACUCCGAGAGAGCAUCAGCAGUCCCAGCCAGUGAUGCUCGUAAGGUAUGCAAGCAGCUCGGUAUCUCAUUGCAGGCUCUCGCGCAAACUGCUUGGGCGGCGCUGCUUGCGUACUAUGAGCAUGAGCUCGAGGUGACAUUCGGUGUCGUACUUGCGUGUCGAGAGAGCGAAGAAGCGGAGCAAGUCCUGUUCCCAACCAUGAACACUGUUCCAAUUCGCGCGUCGCUUCAUGGAACAGGCCAAGAAUUGCUACAACAUCUGCAAAGCACCAUCAACGAGAUUCGUCCAUUUCAACAUACCCCUUUGCGCUCCAUUCAAGCAGCUUGUGCCGCAGUCAUUGACACCAGUAAGAGCACGAUGAAUGGCCUCUUCGAUACUUUGUUCAUCUUCCAAAACAGAGGCCACAACUUGGCGCCUAGCCACACUCUAUAUGAGUCCGUGGGUGGAGAUGCGAACGUCGAUUAUCCAGUCGCUGUGGAAGUUGAGGCAGUUGGUGAAGAUCUCAUCAUUCGAACCUCUUGCAAAUCGUAUGCUUUGGACCAGCAGGGAGCUGAUGCGCUCGUGAAGCGCUUCGACCACGUACUAUGUCAUCUAGUCGAAAAUCCUGAUGAGUCCACAGUCGACUUCACGGACGAUGGAGUUUCGAUCUGCUCAUUACCAGCGUUUCCCUUGCAGAUGGGAUCACUAUCGAGGCAGACUACACGUGAGGCGGACCUCGUCGAUGAUUCGGAUGAAGAGUCCGACAUCGAGUCUCCAACAACAGACUCCAUACGCUCUGCACUGGCUCAAGUGUCCAAGCUUGACGUACAAGAAGUGUCUUCGACGACAAGUCUCGAGAGCAUCGGCAUAGACUCUAUUUCUGCGAUCAAGGUUGCGGCAAUCCUGCGAAGAGAAUCUAUCAAGCUUUCAGUCAGUGACAUUCUGAAAGCCCAGACGCCGAAACGUAUAGCGGCCAUGAUCGACGCCGGAUCAACUUCUUCACAGGCAAAUGGCGUAUCUCCCGAUGACACGAUCUCUACUGCAUUGCAAGGCAUCGACGUCAGCACAUUGUGUCGUCAAGCUGGCAUUGAGGAGCAAAACGUCGAAGUCAUUCUCCCUGCCACUGCUGGACAGGAGUAUUUGCUAUCAUUGUGGCAGAAGAGUGGCGGAGAGCUGUUCUAUCCAACCUUUCGCUAUCACGUCAAGACGCAUUACCCUGAGAGUCGGAUACAUGCUGCCUGGCAGCAACUCUUGCAGUGCAGUCCAAUCCUACGCACAGUCUUGGUAUCCCGACCUGGUUACGAACCGUCUUUAAUGCAAAUCGUGCUCAAGGCCUUGCCAGAGAGGGCAUCAAGAGCCGGCUCACAGCCAAUGGCGUCCUUGUCUGUCAACGCAGUCAAAGGAGGCUUCGACUUGGCACUAAGGAUUCACCAUGCGCUCUACGAUGCGGUGUCACUGCAACUUCUGUUAGGUCAACUGCAAGAUCUACUCAAUGCUCGAACUGUUCCACUGCCUACCACGUCUUUCAAAGAAUUCGUGGCAGCUUCGUGCCGUACCGACGCAAAACAGUCACGACAAAACUUCUGGCAGCGAUAUCUUGCCGACCUCAAGCCUCCGCAGUUGAAGCAGCCACACCGUGAGGCAACCAGAAAGGUACAGAUAUUCCACCCAGCUGCUUUUCCUCUCGGCGACAAGCUUGAGCGUCACGCAAGAGCUAAAGGCAUCACCAUCCAAUCUCUCCUUUUCGCAGUCUACGCCAAAACCUACGCAUCUCGAGCCCAAACACCCCAAUCUGGCUCCUCUGACGACGUCGUCAUCGGCAUCUAUCUCGCCAAUCGCUCCCACCUCCCCGAUCUCGACCAACUCGCCGCCCCAACUUUGAAUCUCCUUCCCCUUCGCAUUCGAAAUCCCCUCAACACAGCCUCACUGGAACUUGCCAAGCAGAUCGACACCGAUAUCAAAAACAUCGGACGUUUCGAGAACGCUUCGGCGAGUUUGAGGGAAAUUUUCGAAUGGACUGGAAUCAAGGUUGAUACGUUUGUGAAUUUUUUGAAAGUUCCUGAGAAGGUCUCUGGGAUUGGUGGUGAUGAUGAGGAGGAGGAGGUCAAGAUUUCUCAUCAGCGUAAUGAUGAUGAGAGGUGGGACGGGGAUUUUUCGAGAGUUGUUGAUGAAGCUGAGAUGCCACCGCUGGAGUUUGGGAUGCCGGUCGGUUUGCAAAGUUUUCGAGCUGGGGAUGCGUUUUUGCAUUCUUUGGAUUUUGAGGUUUCGAUUCGUGGGGGUGGGGGGGUUUGUUUUGGGCUUUUUGCCAAAGAGGAGAUGGUGGGGUUGUGGGAGGGGGAGGAGAUUGUCAAGGGGAUGGUGGAGGGGUUAGAGAGGGUUUUGGAGGAGGAGGAGGAGGAGUGA